CCUCGCCGCCCCCUGCCCCCCGUCGGCCCGCCGACACCCCCCGAGGACCGCCCCGAGGCCCGGGCGCCAUGGAGGACGAGAACCUCGGCCAGUAUUUCCGACUGCAGUAUGGCGAGCGACUGCUGGACCUGCUUUCGUCGCUCUCCCCAGCCGGAGAGGAGGCCGUGUCGUCGUCCACCUUCAUCCGGCUCCUGGAGAAGAAGAAGGAGGCCCGACUGGUCCACCGGGCCAUGGAGGGCCAGAAGGAGACGUUCAAGAGGAAGAUGGAGGCCCUGACCUUGCGCUGGGAGGAGCUGGCCGCCAAGGAGCUGCAGCUGAAAGCUCACAUCCAGAAGUUCGAGCAGUUCGUGCAGGAGAACGACCAGAAGCGGAUCCGCGCCCUGAAGAAGGCCAGCAAGGAGCGGGAGCUGAAGAAGCAGCGCGGGCAGGAGCUGGCCAAGGCCCGUCAGGAGAUGGCCCUGCUGAAGCAGGAGGACUUGCUGCUCAGCCGCCAGCUGCAGGACUACUCCAUCUUCAACAAGUACCUGGAGAAGGUCGUGGAGAACUCGGAGUUCGAGGAGAUCUACGAGGUCAUCGGCCGCUACAAGACGCUGGUCAGCAUGCACCAGGACCUCAUGCAGUCGGCGCAGGAGGGCCAGGAGAAGAUCGAGCAGGCCAAGGGGCGGCUGGCCCGCUACAUGGAGGAGAAGGACGACGAGGUCCUGCAGCACAACAACGACCUGGCCCGGCUGCAGAUGCGCUUCGACCGGGCCCGCAGCGACGUCAUCAUCUGGGAGUCGCGCUGGGCUCACAUCCAGAACACGGCCGCCAAGAAGACCCUCCUCCUGGGCACCAUCAAGAUGGCGACGCUCAACCUCUUCCAGAUCGUGAGCAAGCAGCUGAAGGAGACCACCUCCGUGCCCGUGGAGGACACCCACAAGCAGCUGGACCUGAUCCAGCAGUACAUCCAGGACCUGGCGGACAUCUGGUCCGAGCUGAAGAAGACCCAGAGCCGCACCUAGGCCGGCCGCCCCCCCCCCCCCCGCCGC